AUGUCAUACUGGCCUCACUAUCAACAAAAGCCUCCUAUAUUAUGGCUAUAUAAGGGAGAUAUAAUACAGAAACUCGUGGAACCACCGGGAGAUGAGGAAUUAGAGAGCGUGGAGCUAGGGGAUGCUUGGAGGGUGAGGGGGACAGAUUUAGGGGGGUCGCCAUGGCAACUGCGUCCUCCACACCCCCAACCACGGUGCAGUUUUCGUCAAGGCUACACGGCCCGUUUUAUCUUUGGAGCCCGGAAGAGUCGCGAUGGCUGA